CAGCAAAGGCUUUAGGCCGGUAAAUAGGGAAAACUUUAAAAGCAAACAAAGCUUCAGAGACUUUAGUUUAUUAUCAGCGUUCGUAACGGAGAACCAUAGAGCCGCCUCCAUCCUCUCGGAUCGCCUUUCAACAAGUUUUAAAGUUUUAUUUGCCUUCCCAGAGAAGUAUGAAGUCUAUAUUAGUGUUUGCCAAAGCCGGGGUUAUAUGUUGACUUUUUACUUGGGAAAUCUCUGCCAAUAAGCGACGAGACUGCUAUGUGCACCCAUGCUUUUCGUUUUAUCAAAAAAACACCCGGAGCCGUAUUACGGGACAAAGAUCGGACCGUUGCAGCAGUUCGCCCACGGGAUCCGGGGCACGGUGUACGCCGUCGACGAGACAACGAUUUUCAUUAAGGGCUUCUCCUACGACGGUACGGGACCCGAUGCCUUUUUUUGGAUCGGCAAUUCCCCCAGGCCCAGUCCCGAGGGAAUCAUCAUACCUUAUCCGGAGGAUUAUCACGAGAGGGAACCCCCGGUGCUGAAAGCUCACAACAACAGCAACAUAAUCCUACGACUGCCUAUGGGGAAACGAAUCAGAGAUAUCCGAUGGCUUUCAGUUUGGUGUCGGCGAUUUACCGUGGAUUUCGGGGAGGUGUUUAUCCCGCCGAACCUGGAGGUACCCAAACCCCGGGUACUGCCAGAAUUUAAGCGAUUAGCCCACGGACUACGUUCGGACAAUAUCAGCAUCUUGGACGCCAAAACUUUUUAUAUUCCCAAUUUGCAUUAUGACGGCGCAGGACCGGACGCUUAUUUUUGGGUCGGUAACGGAUCAGAACCGAAUUCUUUUGGAUACAAGGUACCCAACGAGUUGGGUUCCUAUGACACUCUGAGGGGAUACCUUGGGGAGGACAUCGAAAUCCAAUUACCCGGCACUUUGACGGUUUACGACAUCGAUUGGUUGGCGGUGUGGUGCGUCCAAUACAGGCACAAUUUUGGCCACGUGAUGAUCCCGAAGGAUUUAGACGUACCACCGGCCCUAGGACAAACCAAAAUAUCGCCACCUUGGUGGUAUAAUCCCACGACUACCACAGCUGCCCCACCUACACCGACAAACUGUCGCGAAUUUCUGGACAAACGCUUACAAGUGAAAUGGUUGAUGACCGGAGACAGGGUAGAAGUUACUUUAUCAGCGAGAAUCGGAGAGGACAAGUAUAUCGCCUUCGGACUGUCUGGGCAAAACAACAAAGCCCAAAUGAUUGGUGCCGACGUAACUGUGGCAUACUUCGAUAAAGAAACGAGAAGUUUCCGUGCGGACGACUACUACAUAUCACAUUUAUCGCAGUGCGACGGUAAGUCCGGGGUAUGUCCCGAUGAGCGUAUCGGAGGUAGAAACGACGUGAUCGUUUUACAUGGAGAAAGGAGUAAUGGUGUUACAACUAUUAAAUAUAGCAGACCCUUACAUACGAACGAGGCAAUAAACGAUCGACCUAUCCCGGAAAAUUCCCCGAUCAGCGUAAUUGCCGCAUUCGGUCCUUUGAACUCACGCAUGGAGGUGAACGCGCAUACGUCCAAGGACAGAACGGGAAGCGACGAGCAAAUCAACUUCAGCGACGUUAAUGAUCAUCAGUGCACUUUGAGCUUGGACGAUUUACCGCCAGAGGAUGGAAUACCCCCGUGGCCACCAGCGAAACUUAUUGGCGAGAACGUAUUCAACGUAAAAAUCGGACCGACGGGAGGAGUCAAGGGCUACUCAAAAAUCACCGGGUUACCCUCCUGGGGUAUCUGCUACUACAUCAACGACAAACUCAUACCGGAACUGACGGUGGAAAGAGGACAGACGUACACUUUCGUCGUGGAGGGUGGCGAAUCGACAACGAAUCCAGCGAGAUUCCAUCCGUUGUAUAUAACGGACUCGAACGAAGGAGCGUUCGGUCAACUCACCCCGGAGAAACAACAGCUACAGCAAGUCUUCGCCGGUGUGGCUUUCGAUAGGGACGGAUACCCUUAUCCGACGGCCACGGGGAGAUACUGCGAGUGGGCCCAUAAGAGCAUCGAUAAGGCCUUGGAGUCUGCCACUUUUGAGGAUUACAUGAAGACUUUGAGGUUGGAGUGCGACGAAGGGGAGCCCGCUUACAUGAAUUGGACCGUGCCAAUGGACGCGCCGGAUUUAUUGUAUUAUCAAUGUUACAUUCACAGUAACUUGGGCUGGAAGAUCCACGUAGUCGACCCGGGAUACGUAUCGCAACAGAACGGUGAAAAAAUCAGUUCGGCCACCAAAACAACGUCAACACUAACCUCACUUUUAUCAAUUUUACCGACAAUAAAUCUAUUGAUGACAAUAAUAAGUAGGAGUACGUAAAAAAUUAAAUGAUAAGUGGCGAAAUUUUUUUAUUUUUCGAAUAAACGCACAACGUGUUUGUUUCGUUUCACGUGAAUUCCCCGUUAAUUAUUGAUUUAUUUUGCAAUUUUUUUUUAAAUGUUAAUAUUAUAUCGUUAACAUAUCACCACAAUAAUAAAUAUUAAAAAAAAAACACAUAUUUCUUUAUCGAUUAUAGGGUUAAGAUUUAAAAUGUCUCUUUUUAAUAAAAAAAAAAGGUCAAUUUUUAUACUUUAGAAACACGUGACUUAAUACAUAAUCUUAAAAAUUUAGUAACAUUUUAUUUACACUGUUUGUACAUAAUAAGAAGCUUAGGUAGAUUGGAAUAUAAUUCGUAAUAAUUCCCAGACAGUACAAACGUAUAAUAUCAAACCUUAUUUCAGGCAUUUAAAGCAAGCAAAUUUCUUUUUUUUUUCAGGCUCUUUGAUACUUUUUAAUUUUAAUCCAGACAUUUAAAGUAAUUUUGCAUGUCAUUCCAAGCACUUGAAGUAAUUUUUUGUAUUACUUAUUGCCUUCUUAAAGCUAUUGUUAUCUAUAGGCCAGUCAUCGUUAUGUCUCCUUGUAAUAUCGGUCAUAAUUAAAUUAACUUGUUUUAGAAUAACAAUAUAAAAAAACAUACCUUAUUUUAUUUUGAGCUUAAAAUAUACAAAGGGUGCCGUCUGGGUUUUAUCAGACAUAAGGGGAUCUUAUAAACCGUAAAACGGGGUUACUUUGCACCAUUUUUUUUAUUAGUUAGGAUGUAACGUCACUCGAAAGAAGAUCUGAACUUUUUAUUAUAAAUAUCAAUUGAGCAGGUUGUAAUAUAACUCUGAUUAUAGCUAUUUGUUACGUAUAUUGCCUAAUCAAGAGAACAACCUAGUUUUAUUAGUGGUGCAAAGUAUAUAUACCCCAAAAAAGUCAUACUUUGCACCACUCAAUAUCUUAUUAAUAUUUGGCUACUAAAUGCUUGUUGAUGCAUAGAAAACCCUUAUUAUUUCAAACUUUGCAGCAAUUAAAUACGAAAAAAUGUUCGUGGGCCAAGUUUUGUGCAUUUAAAUCUACCUACCUACAUAUAUUCAUGAAACAAGCAUAAAAGUAAAGGAAAUUGCUACAAUUUAAAUGAACAAUCUUUAUUAUAACAUUAUAAUAGUAAAAACACAACGUUUGAAACUAAUCCUACCACAAUUUGUCGCAUUCUGGGACAAUGUACAAUCCUCGUUUGGACAUUUUCUUGGGAGGGCUAAUGGCGCCAAUUACGUUGUCCCACGAAUACCAUAUUUCGUCACGUCUUUCUGGCCAUAGCAUUGAUCAUCGCUCCAUCGUUUUCUAUUGCUGUUAUCACUCCAGGAUAAACAUGAUCUUUAUAGGAAAAUAAAACGUACUCACCAACAACUUUUUUAACAUCAUCUAAUCCAGAGUUUUUCGACAAUAUUUGUUCCUAGAGAACCUGAGACGACUUUUUCAUUAAAUUCUUUUUCUUCUUCUAUCUCUUGCAUCUCAUUUAUUUCAUCAUUUGGUGAAUCCCUGUCUAGUGGGAAGUGGUCGUCCAAAACAAUGUCCCCCUCUGAAUCAUCUACGAUUUCUGGUUCAACAGCUUGAAGAGGUGUGGAUGUAGAUGCUCCAGUUAGAUGUGUUAAACUGAUUUCAGAAUGGGCAAUACUGUAUCCUGCCGAAAUCGUUAUUUUCUUCUUCCUACAUGACUUAAACUGUGUGGCUUCCUGUCUUUUAUCUUCUAAAUACUUAAUGAAAGUGUUUUCCAUAUCCGAUGAACUUGAUUUGUUUGUGUCGCUAGCAGUUCUCAUAUUAGAUUGCUUAGUUGUUGUUAACCGCUCCAAGAGCGGUGUUACAUCGCAAGGAACGAUACCGCAUUUCCUAAAUCCCGACUUUAAUAUCUCAGCGCUAUUCUUUUGAAUUUUUUCCAUUAAUGAUCGUAAAAGCAUUGGAAAAUGCUGUUUCUCAAGUAUAUUUGAUCUACUCCCUACAUGAGUUUCCUUAUAUUGAGAUAAAAUGUCUCUCCAGGCUCUUUUCAUGGGGGGCAAAUAAUGCCACAUCUAGCGGUUGUGUAACGUGGGUGCUGUAAGGAGGCAAACAUACAAAAUCAAUGUCGUGUCUUCGACAUAAAUCGAGGACUUCAUCAUUAAUAUGAGAAGACAAAUUGUCUCCUAAAACGACCUUCUUUCCUUGAAUUUUUUUAAGCCUGGGUAAUAGGAGAGUGGCUGAACCAAUUUGCAAAUGUCUGUGAUUCGAACCAACCAGAUGCAGUAUUUGCAUAACGCGUACCAGGGAGACCAUUCUCAGUCCAGGUGUCCCACAAAUGCUUGGAUUUGUACACCACAUAAGGAGGUAGAAGCUCACCAGCUGCAUUUCCACAAAUCAUAAGAGAAAUGCUACUCUUUGAGGAAUUACAAAUUCGUUCGGGAUACUUAACACCAUGUUUAUUUAAUAUCUUUUUUUCACCGGGGUCAUCGGUUAAGUUUGUCUCGUCAUAAUUAAAAAUAGCAUGCGGCUCUACACUAGUUAAUGUUUGUUUUAGAUUUUCUAUGUAUUGAGUCAUUUGGUUUGCAUUGAGUGCUGCUCUACUUUUUUUAUGUUCGAGACUAUCCUUGCAGUAAGGUCUUUAUGACGAGUUAAAAAUGAUUUGAACCAAUCGAUACCUGGAGUAUUAUCCCUAAAACGAGUUAUUUUUUUCCUUUACGAUUUAAAUAGCUCUUGAUUAUUUGUCGCAAUUCCAUUCCAGUAACAGAAAAAACCAGAAUCACUAAGGCUAUGAAUGCAUUGUACGAAACAUCUUUCCUCUUCAUAAGAGAAUAUUGAUGGGUAUCCAGGUUUUCUAGCGUGUGUUCCUUUUAAUUUGUAAAAAAUAGUUCUUCUUGGAAUGUUAAAGGAUUCUUGUAUUGCUGACAAACAUGCCUUCAAAUCUUCUUCUGAGUAGUCUGCAUAUCUGCGAGAUCCCAGUUUCCUUUUAUAACGUCUGGGCAUUUUCUGAAAACCAUUUACCUAUUUAACUUUUACUCUUGCGAAUGAAAAUAGUUUGGACGUGACAAGUUGGGGAUACUUUGCAUCAUUUGAGCGGUGCAAAGUAUAUCCAAUUCCAUGUGAUAAGUGCACAUGUAUUAAGUCUUUAGACGUGUACUUACCAAUUUUUGUACUCUGGAACUUUCUGCACAGUAUGAUUUUGCAAAGCCAGAAAAUCAUAGAAUUUCUAGAUUAAUAUUCGGACGGUUGCUGAUAAACAACUGGCGACCAGGAGGAUAUUCGCGCGCGUGUUGGCGACUUAUUGCGAGGUGGCCUAUGUGUUCUAGAGGUAGUAGAAAUAUCUGAACAAAAUUAUGAGGAGGAUUACAGAAAAUAUAAUUUUACAUGUCCGGUGCAAAGUUUCCCUGCUCAGUUUUACGGAACCUUUAAAAUUGUACUAAUAAUGAUAAUAAUAAUGAUUGUAACGUGACAAUAAAAAUGUAUUUAAUACCUAAGAUUUGUACAUUUUUUCAAUACUAUGAUGUUAAUAUACCGUGUGUAGUUUUAUUGUUAUUUUGUCCGUUUUGAUGUGAAAUAUUAAAUUUGUAUUUACCACUCGUUCUCUUAUAUUAUCAUAUAGUGGCUGACAAUAAUUCCGCAGCUUAUUAUAGUUAGUUAAGAAUGUUUAAAAUAAUUGUUGUGUUUUUUAUAUUAUUACGUUUACUCAUUAUAGAGUUUUGUUACUAAAUUAUGUGGUAUCAGUCGUUAAGCAGCGGAAAUGAGUGCAAAAUAAUAUUUGAAAUCGCUGUAUAAGUUAGGAAUGAAUAUGAGUGAAUGAAUAAAUUAAGUAGAGUAAUUAAUAUAAGAAGUUUGACAACAAUACUUUCUAUAUUAUGCAAGGUGGUUCAGAAUCACCAGAUGUAUAUUAAAUUUUUAUAUAGAGGGAGAUAUUGGGAUUUUUAAAUAUUCAAACGUAUUUCAACGUCGGUAGGUAUAUUGUCUAGAAGUCAAAUAAAGGGAAAAUGAAAUGGACGACAAGUAGUUAAUAGACCUACCGGUUGCAAUCAUGAAUAUCAUGUCAAAGGCAUAUCGUAGAUUAAGAAAUGUAGCUUACCAAAGGUUUUAAUAAAAUAAGAGUUUAUUAAAUUAAUAAUUUAAAUGCAAAAAUCGUUUUGUUGCACAGCUUGACACAAAUUUGAACCGUCAUCUUCAGGACCAGCGAUUUUGUUUUUCAAAAAUUAUGACAUGCUUAAUGGCAAAAUUAGUGUAUUAAUAUUCUAAUUUAAAGUGAAUAAUAUAUAUAAGAAAUUGUUAUUACUAUAUUGUGUGUAUGUAGGAAUGUAUGAAAGCAAACAUUAAUUAAAGGUACCCAGCAUAUAUCUGCAAAAAUGACCGCCAUUUUUAUAGUGGUUGUGUCUUUGUGAUGUUGGUCACUCUGAACAUUUUCAGUGUUGCCAACAAAAAAUAUAUGAAAUAACGAUAAUGAAUUUGUUUCCCUACAAUUGGCACAACUGAAAUUUGUCAGUGAGUGACCAACAUCGAAAGGACACAAUCACACAAAAUGGCGGCUCCCUAGUAUCACAUGGUCAUUCACUUUUCAUGGUUGCUGGUAUAUCAUGCUUUGAAUGGAAAAGACUUGCAAUUAUUUUGCAUUUAUUAAUAAAAUAAUUUGAAAAGCUAUGAUAUUCCAGGAAGGUCUAUUUUCGUACAUUAAUCAAAUUAUUUCAAAAACUGAUACCACAUAGUACACACUUACUUGUACCUAGUCUUUUAUAAUAAUUAAAAAAAAUAACCUUUUCUUAAAUCAUGUGUAGAAGAAAAGAUAUAGACAAUAAUUUUACCAAAAAUUUGUAGUACGACAAUAACAACUUGUGUAAUAUUUUUAAAGGACAAAUGGUCAAUUAAGUUCCUAAAUAUCCAGGACAAUAUUAUUAAUGAUGAAAAUAUGACAAUAACCAUCUUUUUAUUCAAUUUUUUUCUGCUGUAAAUAUCCAACGACCGUGGGGCUCUAGUUGGAUAGAAGGAGACACUCACAGAGAAUGUUUAUUGGCAGCCCUCCUUAAUCAAUUGAAAUCUUGAUGUAUUUUAAAAUUGUGUAAAUAAAUACAUCCUUUUAUGUAAAAAA